UGGAGUAAUGGCUUCCUCUAGCUCUGUGAACAUGACGAGCCCUGGUCGAUCUGCAAUAGGCAGGCGAACGAGGGCAAAAAAGGGAAGUAACGACGUGGACAAGGUGGAUGUCAGUGUUACCAGUGGUGUGACUAUUGCUCCAACUGCACAGCUGACAGACAGAAGACGAUCACAAGAGGUGGAGAUCUGUAAGAUGAAGCUAGAGUGGCAAAAGGAUAAGAUUGAUGAGCUCACCAAAGAAAGAGACUAUCUAAAGGAGCAAUUAGCAGCAUGUCUCACAAAAGAACCCACAAGGUCUGUCCAGCAUCCCAGUGACGUACUGAGCAUGUCUUCACUUUCCUCUGACGGGUCAUUUGAUAAGGGUUCUGACUCCUCCAUGAGCACAACUUCAUCAGAUGAAGACAGUCAGAAGAGGAAGAAGAAAGGCAAAGCCAAAAAGAAUAAGAAGUCAAAGAAACAUGACCAAAUUGCAAGAACAAGAGCCCAGAAUCCCAAACAAGUGGUCUCCCGGUAUGAGAGGAUUUUGAGGCUGUUCAAAAGAGGAGGGACCAUGUCAGCUGCCUUUAAACGUCUGGGAGUGGACCGGAACACAAUUGUGGCAACUGCUCCAAUUGCUGAGCUUUUCAUUGUCGCACCUGAUAGGUAUAAAGAAUUAGAAAAAAACAGACAGGGAAAUAAACUGUCAUUGUUUGCAACACAGUGUGCUGCAGCAAUCAGUGCAGAUCCAGAACUAGAGGACAAACGUGAGUCCUAUAAGUCUUCUGGGAAGUUGCUUCCUCUUAAAAAAAAAGACUAGAUUUGUGUGUGUUUUUUUACAUUGUGAAAUGUGGUGAUAGGUCACCAUUGUUAACUGCAAAAAGGGCCAGAUUUAGUUAUGUAGUCCAGUUGAUUGGCAGAUUGGUGUGAUAAAAAAGACACUAUUUUUGGUUUGCAUGACUUUUAUUAUUUUUUUUACUGUUAGAUUCUAUGUUUAUUUUAAAGAUCACACAUGUGAUACAUUUCAUGUAAAAACAUACAGGUCAUAAAAGUGCAUCAAGCCUUGUUCUUUACUUCAAAUACUGGCUAAUAGUGGUUCAGCAAAAUGUUUGUUUUGACAGUUGUGUGUCAAUAUUUGGAAGCAUUGUUCUGAUGUUUUAUAAUUGGCAUCUUAAAAAUAAAGUGCUUUGUGUA